AUGAGCGCCGCGGGCCCCGGCCCCGACCCCGGCCCGCAGGAGGGGGGACCCGGGCACGGCCCCGGGCACGGCCCCGGCACGGCCCCGCCGGGCAGCCCGCAGGAGGAGUUCGACUUCUCCAUCCUCUUCGACUACGACUACCUGAAGCCGAUGGAAGAAGAACCGACUCCACAUAAAACCAACAGCCCACCCUCUGGAGUUACAUACGCUCAUGAUGUCUUGGACUGUGGCCUCAAGCCAUGCCCCCUGCCUUUUUCUAGCCUUUCUGCAGAUCCCAUGGGCAGAUAUGGACAGCCAGAUAGCAUAGGGCCACCACCUACACACCCUGCCAACGCUGCAGGGGCCUCUGCUCCGAGCCCUAGGAUUGAAAUAACUCCAUAUCAUGAACUGAUUCACUCGGGGGGUCCCUUCCGCAGCAGAGACACAGAUGUUCUGUUGGUAGAACAUCAGUCAAACUCAGCCACCACUAGCCCGAGGGUUACCCUGCCUGUCCCUGGCUUUGAGGGCUACAGAGAACCACUGUGUCUGAGCCCAGCUAGUAGCGGCUCCUCUGCAAGUUUCAUUUCAGAGACAAAUGUAUCUCCUUGCACAUCACCAUGUGUUUCACCAAAUAAUGGUCCUAGUGAUGACCUUUGUCCACAGUUUCAAAACAUCCAUACUCAUUAUUCUCCUAGAACCUCUCCAAUAAUGUCACCACGAACAAGCAUCACGGAGGAAGCCUGCUUGGGACGCCACUCACCAUCACCCUGUCCCAACUCAAGGUCUUCGUCACCAGGUGCAAAACGGAGGUACUCUUGCACCGAGCUGUACAGCGCUCAGCUGCCUCCCGCCUCUCCUCGGCACUCACGGACCCCCUCUCCACAGCCCUCUCCUCGCAUCCCCCUGGGAGAAGACGCCUCUGCAGUUACUUACACGCAGUUGGCCAGCGCUUCCCUUUCCAUGGAUGCUAUGAGCAGCCUUCCUACGGAUCCUUCCUGUGGUGUCCCCACGAAAAUUUGGAAAACCAGCCCUGAUCCUUCGUCCAUGUCUUCCCACAAAAACAGCAUUCCGUGUCACGUCUUUCAGACUGUUGACUUCCACGGGCCUUGUGAGCAGGAGGACAGGAGAAACUCAGCCCCAGAAUCCAUUCUGUUGGUUCCUCCAUCCUGGACAAAGCAGCUGGUGCCCGCAAUACCAAUCUGCAGCUUGCCCGUGCAGUCCCUGCCGCCGCUGGAGUGGCCCCUGUCCAGCCAGUCGGGCUCCUACGAGCUGCGGAUCGAGGUGCAGCCCAAGCCCCAUCACCGCGCGCACUACGAGACCGAGGGCAGCCGUGGGGCUGUCAAGGCCCCCACUGGUGGCCACCCCGUGGUCCAGCUGCACGGGUACAUGGAGAACAAACCCCUUGGCCUGCAGAUCUUCAUUGGCACGGCGGAUGAGCGCAUCCUGAAGCCCCACGCCUUCUACCAGGUCCAUCGCAUCACGGGCAAAACCGUCACCACCACCAGCUACGAGAAGAUCAUUGGCAACACCAAAGUGUUAGAGAUCCCCCUGGAACCCAAAAACAACAUGAAAGCAACCAUCGACUGCGCGGGGAUCCUGAAGCUGCGCAACGCGGACAUCGAGCUGCGCAAGGGCGAGACCGACAUCGGCCGCAAGAACACGCGUGUGCGCCUCGUGUUCCGCGUGCACAUCCCCGAGCCCAGCGGCAGGAUCGUGUCCCUGCAGGCGGCCUCCAACCCCAUCGAGUGCUCCCAAAGGUCUGCUCAUGAGCUUCCAAUGGUUGAAAGACAAGACAUUGACAGCUGCCUGGUUUAUGGAGGACAGCAGAUGAUUCUCACUGGACAGAACUUCACAGCAGAGUCCAAGGUGGUGUUCACAGAAAAAACAUCAGAUGGGCAGCAGAUCUGGGAAAUGGAGGCAACGGUGGACAAGGAUAAGAGCCAGCCUAGCAUGCUGUUUGUGGAGGUACCCGAGUACAGGAACAAGCACAUCCGCACAGCCGUGAAGGUGAAUUUCUACGUCAUCAAUGGCAAAAGAAAAAGAAGCCAACCCCAGCAUUUCACCUAUCACCCAGUACCAUCAAUCAAAACAGAGCCCAUUGAUGACUAUGAUCCAGCCCUAAUCUGCAGUCCAGUGCACAGUGCUCUGGGGACAGUAACACAGCCUUACUAUUCACAGCACACGCUGGCCACCGAGUCCCCUUCCUGCCUCGUGGCCACCAUGGCUCCUUGCCAGCAGCUGCGCUCAGGCCUCUCCUCUCCCGACUCACGCUACCACCAGCAGAACCCAGCUGUCAUUUACCAAAGGAGCAAGAGCCUGAGCCCCAGCCAGCUGGGCUACCAGCAGCCCAACCUGAUGGCCACACCAGUUGCCAUUGCAGAUGCCCACCGGUCCGUGCUGGUGCACGCGGGGUCUCCAGCCCAAGCUGGAGCCGUGCUGCAGCACUCCCCAGGCCACCAGCAGUCCUCUCCUGUCAUCCACUACUCUCCAACCAACCAGCAGCUGAGGUGUGGCAGCCACCAGGAGUUCCAGCACAUCAUGUGCUGUGAAAAUUUCACAUCCAACGUGUCGAGAUCCAGCCAGCCCCAGGCCAGCCAGGCUCAGAGGCUCAGCCCCAGCUCGUACCCCACCGUGAUCCAGCAGCAGGCGGCCCCCGGCCAGCGGGCAGCCAAGAACGGGCCACCAGGGAGCGAGCAGAAGGAGGUGCUGCCGGCAGGAGUGACCAUCAAGCAGGAGCAGAACCUGGACCAGGCGUACCUGGAUGAUGAGCUGAUAGAUACACACCUUAGCUGGAUACAAAACAUUAUAUGAAAAAGAAUGACUGUGAUCUUUGAUCCAAGCAAUCAAAAAGAAAGUUAACGAAAUUAUCAGGAAGGAAUUUUCUGGACUCCCUGCCAGAAGUCAGACAUAGAAGAAGAGAUUUGUGAGACAACUUUUACCGAAUCCUUCCAUAAGUGACCUCUUAGAUCCUUCCAGUGCCCCUGCAACCUCUGGCUUCCUUUGCAGUUCAUCUCCAGGCAGAGACUCAGCGCAAGGAACAAUGAAUUGGCACCAAGUGACAGCCUUGGCUGAGCAACUCGCCACCUCUGUCUGUAAACACCACGAAGGACACCCUUCCUUUCAUCCAGAGAUCACAUUGUUCUCCUGGAACAGAGCAUCUGUCUGAGGAAACACUCCAGCCUGCUGCAAACCCUCUGUCUGUGCGUCCAUCCAUCGGGACCAUCACCCGUCCCCCGAGCAGGGCUCAGAGCCCAGGGUGGACACGGGGGUGGGAAAAGGGGAACACAGAGUGAUAUAUUCCAUGGAGGAGUACCACCACCCUGCAGGUCACUAGCAGUGACUGGCCCUCCAGGUAUCCAAACCCUCCUGAGAAAUGAAUUGUUGUAGGGAACUGAGGCAGCCCAAGCUCAGCCUGCAUCCAGUCUGGGAUCAAAAGCCAGUUUGCUCUGAGCACUGUGAUUGGUAUUUCAAACAGGAGAUGUCAGCUGAAUCCAAGAGUUUUCUUCGUUUUUCCCAUCAGGCUGGAUAGGAAUUUGAAGGAGAGGGAUUCUCACAACCAACCAGUGAAAAGAGCAAAUCAGCAGUUGCAAUGCCUGUCCCAAAGUAAAAUAAACCCAGGUAAAACAGAGAUUAAUAUAUAGGAGUCACAGUAAAUCCAAAGAUUUUAUGAUUGAUCCUUAUUAGUAUUUAGGCAGUGUAUGAACACAUCUUCGAUAUUCUCUAACAAAUUGUUGCUGUUUCUUUUCAUGUAGAACCUGCUCUUGGCUCAUAACUUGUCUCAUUUAGAAGCUGGAACAUUUACUCACCCAAGCUGCAGGGGAAAAUAAGUGCAUCUUACAGAAGCCAUACAUUCCAGAGAAAAUAUACACUUAUUUAUAUUCACCUGGCCUCUUUAGCUUUGCAAAGCUACCAGCAAUUCCUGGAAAGGUUAAAUUUCCAUGGGAGGUAAUAUUUUGUUAGGUUUUGCUUCGUGUGUUCGAAUAUCCUGUCCUGACUCCUGCUUAGCACAUUCCAGGUAACCACUGCCACCUGCAGCUACAAGUUAGAAUAUUUAGGGGAGUCAGGGCCUCCUCAGUGGGAUAAAAAGGCUUCCUGAGUGGGUAAUCAGUGUACAGAACAAGAUAACCAUAAUGUUUUAGGAAUUAUAUAGUAGUCUUUCCUGGUUCUAUAAAUAAGGAAUGCUGAUAUUUCCAGGAAUGCAGAGCCUGAGCUCUGCUGUAGAAAGCAAAGUGAAACUAAUCCAGUUUUCAGUUGUGUCACAGUACAUUUUGUAGAAUACCAGCAUGUCCACUGCUCACAGCAGGAAUUAGAGGAUGGGAACACAGCAGAGCAAAAUUGGUUCCCUGAUGUCUCAAGAUUUUGCACAGUCCCUGCAGAGCACCUGCUUGGUCCAACAAAAGUCUCUUCAGGACUAUCAGGAAGAAUGUCUUUUCUGCCACUAAAAACUGGUGCUUAAACUCUGCAAGGUCCUGGGGUUUAGAGUGGGAGACAGAAGCAUUAGGUUCUUCAGAACGCCUGACCUGGGGCUCAGCUCAAAUUUGGCUCUUGAACAGAAAUCUGAAUUGCACAAGAGCAACUCUGAACUCCAGAUUCAGCCCAGCUCAGAUCCAGAAGCAGAGCAGAGCCCUGCACGUCCCAGCCUGGCAUUAAUGGCACACCCUGGCUUCUGCUUCUGCUUUGUGAGCUUCAAAUCUUCCACCCCAAAAUGAGCUCCCUGUACCCCAACCCCCAGAACUCCCGGGGUGCCCCGGUGCCCUCCCCAGUGCCCUGCAGAGUCCAAGCCUCAGCCCGGACCUGAAGAGCUGAAAAUGGCUUUUUUUAAUUGCUGAGUUUCACAGAAACCAAACGGAGGCCCAGUCUUGCAGAAGAGGGGAAUUCCUGUGAGGCAGCACUCAGUAGGGCUCAGACUGGCUCACAUGCCUCAGAAAGCUAUUUGGGAUUGUUAGAAGCCGUCAGUGAGCCAGAAUCUGACACAUAUUAAGGGGUUUUUUAGUGCAGUCGGAUGAAUUGGACAAUUUUGACAUAUUCUAAAGGCCAAAAGUUGCCUGUCAGAAGUUCUCUGCUAUAGCUGAGUAAAAGAACAGACCAAAUGCAUCUCCGAGUUUCACACUUGGAUGUUUCCAAUGUUUUCCAUGAUCCAACCUGUAAAGUAUAGGAGAAAUUUAAAAAACAACCCAAAACCCCAUCCACAGAGAAAAAAAAAAAUCCUCAGAUUACUGGCAGAACCUUCUCUCUUGCUGAAUUUUAAAUAGAAGCUCAGAGAAGCCCCAGGAAGGGCUUUUCAGAUCUGUGAUGUGCUGCUGCUGCUGCUCUGGUGAUUGCAGCAACUGCUCAUCCAUUUAGGAGAAUUAUUGUCUGAAUAUUUAUUUAUAGAUAAUAUCAGUUUAGAAAAGAGGGGGGAAGUAAAAUCUAGUGCUGGAUCUGAGCUAAGAAAAAGGUCAUUGUUUAAGUUCUGCCUUCUAGAUUCUGAAAUGUCCUUUUAAUAAAUUAACCCCCAGAAGGAAGGAAAAAUAAAACCUUGGCUUUGGAGCAAAGGCUGCACAGGAGGGAGCCAGGCAGGCAAAGCCCUGCAGUGCUGCACCCAGGAGAGCUCUGCAACCAAAAUACACGAGAUUUCCACUGUGCUUAUGUGUUCUCCAGGCACUUUGCUAUAGAAGGGGUUGGAUUUAUUUUGGGGAAUUGUUUUUUUUUUUUUUGGUUGGUUUUUUUUGUUGUUGUUUGGUUGGGGUUUUUUUUAAGAGUUUUUUUAUUUUUUGGGGGCUGAUUUUUUUUGUUUGGGGUUCUUUUUAGGGGGAAGGGGUUUUUUAUGUGCUACAGGUGCUCCAGCCAUGCUUGCAUUGACUGUAAUCCUCCCUCACCUCUCAUGCAUAGGUAUUAAUCUGUGUACAAAUACAGUGUACAAUGUAAUUUAUAAAUACACCCACACAGAGAGCGACUGUUUCCAAGGGCUGGUAGUGACAGGAUAAGUUGGGAAUGGCUUCAAACUGACAGAGAGUAGCUUUCAAUCAGAAAUUAGGAUAAAGAUCCUCCCUGGGAGGGUGGGGAGGCGCUGGGCUGGAAUUCCCAGACCCCUGGCAGUGCCCAAGGCCAGG